GUAGCCAAGUUCAGCUUCCUGGGCAGCAAGGAGGAGCCAGAGAUGAUCUUCGACUGGGUGGAUGUGGAGCGGAAGGGACACCUCUCCCUUGAAGAAUUCAGCUCUGGAUUUAAAAACAUUUUUGGCUCCAGUCCAAGCACCCAUAGGCUCCGCAGAAGGAGGCCACUGCCCUCUAAGCGGGUAUCGGCGACCACCCACUUCCCAGUGCUGGAAGAGGCUGAUGCUGAGGAGAAGGCAGCAUUCCUUGUCUUCAUGGAGCAGCUGGGGACCAGCCACUCACUUCCUGAGCAGACGGAGGUCUGGCAGCUGUGGGGGAAGCUGCGGCAGGAGGAGCCCCAGCUGGCAGGCAACCUGGAGGCCUUUCUGGCCAAGAUGACCAGCCGCCUGCAGGAGGCACGGGCCGACAAGGAGGCUCUGGAGCUGACCCUGAGGAAGCGCGACUCUGACCACCAUCGUGAGGUCCAGCAGCUCUACGAGGAGAUGGAGCAGCAGAUCCGCCAGGAGAAGCAGCGGCUGCAGGCCAAGAGCGACUCUCAGGGCCUGGCCCUCAGCUCCCAGAUGCAGGAGGUCCUGGAGGCCAAGGAGUGCAAGGUGCAGCAGCUGGCUGAGGGCCAGAGGGAGCUGGAGGCUCAGCUCCACCAUCUCAGCAGCACAUAUCAGGAGGCCAACUUGGAGAACCAGCAGCUUCAGGAGGCCAAGCGUGACCUGUCUGGGCGGCUGGAGGAGGUGCAGGGACAACUGCAGGUGACCCGGGGGCACCUGGACACCGUCAGGGGCCGAGUGUCCUGGCAGAUGGAGGAGGAACCGAGUGUCCCCAGAGCAGGAGAGAAGGCCCCAGAGCCUCAGGCUGUCUCCUCUGAGGAGGCCCCCCUGCCUGGGCUGUUUGGGGACAACGAUGACUGGGAUCAACUCCUGAGCAGCUUCAGCAGCCCUCCGCACAGAGCCCUGCAGCUCUCCUGGAGUCCACCCCCAACCCCGAGAGCUGCUUCAGGCCCGCAGACGCCCCGUGUGGUCAGGCAGAUCUCUAUCUCAGAGCCACAUGCUUUGCUGUUUGGUCAGGAGCCAUCUUCAGAUCCGGAUGGAGCUGCAAGGAGCUCUCCUCGGGUGCCUUCUGGGAACAAGGACAGGCAAGGAGUGGACCCAGAUGGGCAGGACAUCAGUCCAGAGCAGCCUGUUGAGCCUCAAGGCCUAGACCCUGAUGAUAAGUUAGGGCUCAGAUAUGAGGCCCACUUCCUCUGGGGCCCCCCAGGAACUCCAGCUGGGGUGUCAGGAAGCCUGGUGGCAGAAGCACUCAAAGUGCUUGUUCCUUUGGAGGAUGGGUCCCCGCUCCAUGUGAACUCUUCUCCUCCCCACGCCCCAGCUGGGCUCAGCAGACAGUUCCAGGCCUCAGACACAGAUGACAAGGGGCCCGGGCCUGGGCCUGCCCCAGCCAAGCCACCCAGGCAGACAGAGGCCCUCCAUCAGGACCCACAUGAUGCUGGCUCUGAGCCAGAACCAGGGUCCCGGGGAGCCAGAGCCCUCACAUCAGGGCCAGCCGAGCCCUCCCAGGGCCUGGAGCCUGUGAGUCAGGCUCCCACAGAGGAGCUGGAGCAGGGCAAGCCAGACUCAGCUGUGCAGGAGGGCCAUGCUGGGGGGCUGAGACAAGCUCCCGGCCAGGUCCUUGGGCCAGAUGGGCUGCCUGCCCUCCCCCACCAGAGUCUAGAAGAGGAACCCAGGGCUGCAGAGGGAAAACAAGUGGGCCAAGGUGGGCAGGACCUUGGUUCAGAGCAGUCAGUUGAGGUGCAUGGCCUGGAAAUUGGGCAUUCAGAACUCCCCCAGCAAGAUACUCCGCUUGUUCCUCUUCCGUCUGACACACUGCAGGCUCAGGCAGAAGCAGAAGACCCUGCUCCUGGAAAACUGUCACCACCAAGGGGCUCUCCUCCCGGCAUCGCUCAGCCUGGGGUUGGAGCAGGGCCCCUGGAACUCAAACAAUCUCUCUCCACCAUGACUGAGAUGGAAGCUCAACCAAGGCCCCCACCCAUGACUGCUCAUGCAGAAGGAGAGCCAGGCCCCCCUCAAUCCAGGGAGCCAAGGGCACAGAGCAGGCCUCAAGACCCAGGAAUGGACUCCGGGGAGGCUAGACCAACCCCAUCCCCAGGAGACUCCAUGGCUGACAAGCCUCUGGGUGACCCUGAUUACCUCUUCCAUGUCAUCUUCCUGGGAGACUCCAACGUGGGCAAAACAUCCUUCCUGCACCUGCUGCACCAGGACUCUUUCGCCACUGGGCUGGCAGCUACCGUGGGAGUGGAUUUUCGGAUCAAAAACCUGCUGGUGGACAACAAGUGUUUUGCACUGCAGCUCUGGGACACGGCUGGCCAGGAAAGGUACCACAGCAUGACACGACCACUGCUCCGCAAGGCUGAUGGGGUGGUGCUCAUGUACGACGUCACCUCCCAGGAGAGCUUUGUCCAUGUGCGCUACUGGCUGGACUGUCUCCAGGAUGCAGGGUCGGACAAGGUGGUCAUCCUUCUCCUGGGAAACAAGACAGACUGUGAGGAGGAUCGGCAAGUGCCCACUGAAGCUGGGCAGCAACUGGCCCAGGAGCUAGGGGUCUCCUUUGGGGAGUGCAGCGCUGCCCUGGGUCACAAUAUCCUGGAGCCCAUGGUGAGCCUGGCCCGGUCACUCAAGAUGCAAGAAGACCGCCUGAAGGGCUCGCUGGUGGAGGUGGACCCUGAGAGGCCACCCAAGAGGACCAGCUGCUGCUCCUGA